UUAUAAUGUGGAAUUCCAUCAAUUCAGUUACACGAGUAGGCCCAACGAGAACAGUUCAAGAGGCACAGGACAAUGGGGAUACUUUUGAUGCUGGACAUCUUCCAAUGGUUCGCCGUUCUCAUCGGUUUGACCUCUUACAGGCUGGUCGAUGAUAGAUUUAUUCAAACACGAAUAGCCAAGGCUUACACUUUGAUCCUUAACGUUAUCACGGUGACAAUGCUGCCGGUGGCUCUUAUGUCGGCUGUUAAAUUGUAUUACGUGGCUGUUUGGCUGCCGCGAUUCAUGUGGAUAACUCCUUUCGUCCUUUAUGCGGUGAACUACGUGGUCAUUGUCCAAACAUUGAUCUCGCGCUGUCAUCGGGACAGCAUACUGAUGGAGCUACACCAUUUGGUGGUGAAAUUGAACCGCGAGAUGGGCCGAGCUGAAAAGAAGAUGAACUCGAAGCUUCGGAGGCUCUUCUAUGUAAAGACCUUGACUACGUCGUAUCUGAGUCUGUGCUAUAUUCUGGGAACAUUCCUAUUCAGUGACGAACUCACUUUUUCCAUGAUGCUCAGCGCCUUUCUAAUUAACAAUGGAUACAACAUCUUGAUUGCCACAACACACUUCUACUUUGUGGCGUUCUGGCAAGUUGCUCGAGGAUAUGAUUUCGUGAACCAGCAACUGGAGGAGCUCAUCUCCACACCCUCGCCGUUAACAUCUAGAUAUACAGAGGAGAUGCGAAGUCUAUGGUCUUUUCACGCCAGCCUCAGCCAGACAGCGCACAAGAUAAACAGGAUCUACGGUCGUCAGAUGUUAGCAUCCCGUUUCGACUAUAUUAUAUUCACUGUCAUCAAUGGCUAUAUUGGUACGAUUUACACGAGCAGUGAACCGACGACUUUAUUCGCAAAAUGUUAUGGAGGUCUUCUCUAUUGGAUACGGACGGUGGACUUUUUCAUGACCGACUAUAUAUGCGAUUUGGUGGCUCAGUACCAGAGCAUGCCGAAGCACACCGCUAGCGAGGGCGUCAUGUCUAACGAGCUAUGUUCGUAUGUGAUCUACCAAAACAGCAUGAAUCUUAAUUUGAAGAUUUGCGGCCUCUUCCCAGCCAAUCGAAAACAGUGGCUUAACAUGAUGGGGGCUAUUCUAUGCCACUCCGUAAUGCUUCUUCAGUACCAUUUGAUGAUGUCCGCUAAGCAACACAAUCAAUAAAAAUACUAA